ACGAUUAGAUUUCUGCAGAGAGAUCUGCAGCUGGAAAUCGAAACUUUAUUUGGGCGAUACACAGAAACACAACCAGGCGCCAAACCUCCGCGUGUUUUCUCAGUUUUUCUUAAAUAUAUCUUUGCCUCAGCUCAGCAGAGUGUUCGCCUUUUUUUAAGACCUCCAUACCAAUUGUUUUUAAACUUUGGAUCGGUUCAAUGAACUUCCUCUCUUCCAUCAGCGAGGAACAUGGACCCUUCCAGAGAAAAACGCAAGGAGGACAUUAUGAAGGCUCUGGCUUUCAUACAGUCCUCCCUUGCUUAUCCAGAUCCAGAAGGUUAUCAGGAUUACCUGACCCAGUUGGUAUGCAACCUACUUGAGGAGGGAAACGCCUUCUUCAAGGACGGACUGUGUGACCAAGCUGCCAGGGAGUUCACCGAGGGCUUGAAUGUGUCGAGCUAUGCUGAAUCAGAGGAGAUCCAGAUCCCUGUAGCUUUGCAGGAGAGCCUGUUUGUCAACAGAGCUGCUGCCUACCACAGCAUGGGAAAAUAUGAUGAAAGCAUUGCGGACUGCAACAUGGCGCUGGAGGUGUGCAAGGAGAGCCGCAGAGCUCUGUACAGGAAGGCUCUGUGUCUGAAGGAGCUCGGGCGGUACAGGGAGGCGUACGAUUGCACCUCAGAGUGUCUGCUCAGUUGUCCUGAGGACAAGCAGGGGAAGGAGCUGGCUCAAGAGCUGACCGUCCUGCUGGGGCUGAAAACCCGGAAGCCGUACGUGAGCACAAAGGCUUCUGUGCAUAAUCUGAAAAAAGGGACUCCCCAGGAACCCAUUCCACCAGUCAGCCUCUCCAGCUUUCCCCAGCCCUCCUUUCCUCCGGUCUGCAUCCAUCCAGGCAGUUCUGAGCUUCUCAACCGCGUGGCGGCUGUGGAGGAUUCAGAGUUAAUGGAUGAUGACUUAGACCGUCUGCUUGACUCUGUUUCAACGCUGCACGGGUCAUCCGAGGCAGCAUUUUCAUUCCCAUUCAGGACAUCCACCUCCACUCACACACUUCCUCCUGUCCUCCCCGCCCCAACACCCCAGCUACCCCCCGCCUUUUUCAGCUCGGCCAUAAGCCAGCUCAACUCCCUAGACUCCUUUACCAAUGAUGAGGCCAGCUACUCGGCUGCAGCCCUGGAUAUCCUGGAUGAUCUGGGCUCUUCCAGUGGAGACGCCUCCUCCUUGCUGCGGACCCCCAAAGUACUGGAUGCCCUGGACUGCUUGGAUUCGCUCGACAACAGACUCCCACACAGGGCUGUUGUUCGCGAGGAAGCAAAAGAGCCCACCACAGAAAUGGAUGCUGAUGAAAGAGGUCUCGAUGAUCUGCUGGAUAAACUGAACACCCAGGAGACCCUCUUUGACCCUGAUGGUCUGAGUGGUGAUGUUCCUAAAUUUAGCAGUAAAGUUUUGGAGCAGCUCGACCCACUUGAUGCUUUGGACCCCUUCUCUGCCUCGGAAAGUAUUGGGGCUGCUUCAGCACCUGUUCAGCGUGGCAGCGGGGGUCUGGACUCCCUCUCGGAUUUCGGCUCAAAUGGUUUCCCGGAGUUUCACCUUCCUGCCCCCGUGGUCACGCCAUCUCCAGAAAACCACUGCAUAAAGAAAGCGGAAAACUUCAACCCUCUUUCCUCCACGCACGAGUUCCUGCAGGCCUGCUCCACCUGUUUCCCUCGAGAAGGUGUAGGAAUAUACACAUUUGUUCACAAACCAGACCUGGUCCACAACUGUAAACGAGAUGUUCUGUUAUGCCGACGGAAGGAUGCCUUUUCCUCGGAGUGGACCAGGGUGCGACGUCUCCCCCCCAAGGUUUCCUUCUCUGGCCCGUUUGUACUUUGUAAAGAGGUGCUGAAGUCUGGAGACUUGGGUUUGUGUAAAUACGGGGAGAACUGCACGUUUGCCUACAACCAGCUGGAGAUAGAUGUUUGGACAGAAGAGAGGAAGGGGACUCUGGACAGAAAUCUUCUCUUUGGGGCAGAAGAUGGAAAACUGGACCCUGUCAACAGCAUCAUCUGCCUUCUUCGGGAAAACAAGGGGAUGUUUAUUUUCCUGUGUCAGGAGUGCUACGACAACAAACCCAGAAUCAUCAGCAGACGCUCCAGUAAAAAAAGUACUUCCUGCUCUAACCUGGAUUCUCCUCAUAACUUCAGUGCCAACAAAUGUUUGGUGUUUGAGGUAAGUAAGCUCAACGUGAACUACAAUAAGGUUCGCCCUCUCAGCCCGCUGUGCCACUUGGAUCUGUGCCGUCCAGCUAUCCGGUACGGCUGCCUGAGAGAAGACGACUGUCUUCACGCCCACUCUGUCAUCGAGCUCAAAACCUGGAAGAUUCAGCGCUGCACAGGUAUUAGCUGUGAUGAGAUUGUGAAAAUAUCCAAAGAGUUUUAUGAAAAACAGGAACAACAUUCAAACAAGAACAAAGGGAACAGACUGUCUUCUGGAGGAGCUGGGCGCCAGUCUAACGGAGGAGGAAGAGACGCCAAGAGUCUGAAUAUGAGGAUGAAGUUUGUGUGUGCAUUGUGCUUGCGGGGGGGCCUCACCAGCGAACCAGACAAAACCUUGAAAUACUGCAAGUCCAAAGCCAGACAUGCGUGGACUAAAGACCGACGAGUGCUGCUGGUCAUGUCCUCAGAGAGAAGCAAAUGGGUUCAGGUCCGACCGCUGCCACACACCAAGAACUUCCCAUUUUACUAUGAUAUGUGUGCCCAGAUCCUGGAGAAGAGGAAGUGUAACUACCCUGGUAACUGCACUUUUGCCCACAGCCAGGAGGAGAAGGAGAUGUGGAUGUACAUGAAGAAUAAUGACUUGCGGGACAUGCAGCAGGUUUAUGACAUGUGGCUGGCAUUAGCUGCACAAAACAGGCAGGCAGAGGAAGCUCCAUCAUAUCAUCCAAACUAUGAGGAGAAAUGCAUCAUUAUGCCAACCGACUACGCCGACCAACUGAGCGGCUUCCACUGCCGCCUGUGCGGGAAGCACAGCAACAGUCAGCGGCAGUGGCAGCAGCACAUUUCCUCUGAGAAGCACAAGGACCGCGUGUUCAGCUGUGAGGGGGAAGACGAGGCUCUAACGUGGCGCUACCGCUUCCCUGGAGUGCACUUUGAUAUCUGUCCCAAGUUGGAUGGAGGGUGUUCUGAGGGAGUGAGCUGUGACUUUGCCCACAGCGCAGAGGAGCUGCAGGAGUGGAUCGAGAGGCGCGAUUUCCUGCGUCAAAAGUUGGCUAAAGCCAGGGAAGAUAUGCUCGUCUUGCCCGAUGAGCUAGACUUUGGAAAGUUCAACUUUCUACUUCAGGAUUGAGAAAAUAGCCGCUUCCAAGUUAUUAAAUGUUUUCAUGACAUUUUACGCAAAAUGUUCAUUUUGAACCGGGGAGAUUUUACAGCAAACUGAAACUUUAAUGACUAAACUUCAGUGUUCUUCCCUGCUUGGAAAACCAUGCACCGUUUAUUUUGAUUUUGUACGUAUUUGAAUUAGUCUUGUAUGUGUGUUUGGCUUUUGCCUGUUCAACUCUGUUUCUAUAGACUUCAGGGCGGAAAAUCCCUGCAGGUUAUUUGGCUAAUUCCACAUAUCAGGGAGAUGAGCAGAAAGGUGCACAGCUCUUUUUGUCUAAUAAAAUAGUUUUUGCAAAUUA